AUGAAAUGGGUUAGUGUCACAGAUGGUCAGCAAGUUGAUGCUGAAAUUGUUGAAGGAUUGUCCCAGAUGUUAGAUGAAACAAAUGAGUUGGUGAAGGAAUUUAGAUCUGCACGUGAUCGGUUUGAGAAUGGUGUGCAAGAGUUAGAAAUCAUCCUCAAGGUAUCCAGGGCUGAGAGUGGACGUGAAAAUCAUAUUGGUCCAUCGGAUGAGGUUGCAGGUGUAAUGGUUGGGGAUAUGGACGACACAAAAGGUACACGUGAUAUAAUUCUGCAUUCACAUAAGAAAGGCUUAGAGAGAAUAACAGACAUUCACCCAAAAUUGAUGUCGCUUCAAUAUCCUUUGUUGUUCCCGCAUGGUGGUGAUGGCUUCCAUAAGGACAUACCCUUUGGGAAGGUUGAUAAUGUAACGCAGAAACAAAGGGAGAUGAUUUCAAUGAAAGAAUUCUAUUCAUAUAAAUUGCAAGUCCGGACCAAUGAAGGAAUUACACCACGGUUAGGUGGUAGGCUCUAUCAACAGUAUAUUGUUGACGCUUUUUCAACUAUUGAGCAAGCACGUCUGUGGUGGUUCCGUAAGCAUCAAACAACCUUACGAUCAGACCUAUAUUCAAGUAUUAAAAAAUCAGUGUCAGUUGGUUCUUCAGAGUGCUCAAAUAUUGGAAAAGGAUUUAUUUUGCCAUCCGGUUUUGUUGGCUCACGAAGCUACAUGCAGCAAAAUUUCCAGGACGCUCUUGCAGUUUGUCGAGUAAUAGGUCAUCCCGACAUCUUCCUUACAAUGACAACAAAUCCUCUUUGGGAUGAAAUAAAUGAGAUGAUGAAGUUGAUUCCACACUGCAGCCCUCAGAAUUCACCAGAUGUGAUCGCCCGUGUGUUUCGCCUCAAGCUUGAUCAAUUAAUAGAGGAGAUAAAGCAGAAGAAAUUCUUUGGGACUUGCCUUGGUGUCAUGUAUGUGGUGGAAUUCCAAAAGCGAGGCUUGCCUCAUGUUCACAUGCUGAUUUGGUUGGAUGCGGCAUCUAAACAAAAUCUCAAAUCAAAUGUUGACAACUUUGUAUCAGCAGAGAUUCCAGACGAGAAAGUUGAUCCUGCAGGAUAUGCUGCCGUCAAAGCAUUUAUGAUGCAUGGACCAUGCGGCAAAGAAUAUCCAAAGUCUCCUUGCAUGAAGCAGCACAAAUGUACUAGGCAUUUUCCCAAAAAGUUCUGUCAAGCGACGACGUUUGAUCAAUCAGGCUUUCCCAUUUACAAACGCCAGCAGACCAAUAUUACAGUUAAAAAAGGGAAAGCUGAUCUUGAUAACCAAUGGGUGGUUCCAUAUAAUAGAGAUUUGUUGGUCAAAUUUCAGUGUCACAUAAAUGUGGAGAUUUGUGCUCACGCACGUAGUCUCAAAUAUCUUUUUAAGUAUUGCCUCAAAAGACAUGACCGAGCUACCGUUGAAAUUCGGGGAAAGAAGCGCAGCUCCAACUUAUUAAAUGAAAUAGAGCAACCUGAAGAUGAAAUCCAAUCUUUUUUCGAUGGAAGAUACAUUUGCGGGUGUGAAGCUGCUUACAGGAUUUUCGGUUUUAAUAUCCAUUAUAGGUCUCUGGCGGUUCAACGACUUUCAUUCCAUCUCGAAGGGGAUAAAACAUGUACAUUUCGUUCAAAUGAACCAUUACAGAAGGUGGCUGCUAGAGAAGGGAUCAGGCUCAGUCAGUUGGAGGCUUUCUUCGAGCUUAACUCAACUGAUAACAAUGCAAGGCAAUAUCUGUAUGACGAAAUCCCGCAACAUUAUGUCUGGAAUGAUACAGAUAGGAUUUGGACAGUGAGGAAGAGGGGUAAAAAGAUUGGGAGGCUUUCUUACACCCAUCACAGUUCUGGGGAAUUGUGGUUUUUUACGCCUACUCUUGACAAAAGUUCGUGGUCCGACCUCCUUCCAAUGCUUGCGCACUGUUAA